CGAUUAAUUGAUUUGGUGAUAAACUCUACUUGACCGAAUACACGUUACGCAUAGCUUAAUCUCGAAAGUAGAUCCUAAAUGUUUCAAGUGUAAAAUAAUUAAGUUGACAAAAGAAACACAAUAAGAAAGUUACGGUUAAUCUCCCUUCUCUCUCUGGCGGUUGCCGUCUCGCGCAUGCAGUCGUCACCGAAAAUCAGCCGUCGCGGUGAUCUAUUUUUUGGAUCAGAUCUUGUAGCUGGCGAACAGAUCCGAUGAUUUUUUAUGAGUACUACAACGGUGUAGUACUGUGUGUUUGUCUACUCGAGUUUCUAUAUAGAUUUUGACCAGAGUUUUUAAGAGUUCUGGUUCAUGGUUAAGCGACUGUCUUCUCUUUAAGUUUCAGAUCCUUGUGGAGUGACGGUUUUGGUGUUUUGUUGAUUUACUUAACCUUCUUGAUGUUUCAGUGGCAGGUUGUUUUUUUUCUUUGUUAAUAAGUUAUUAGCCACUAUUAAGCUAUCAUAGGUCAGAAUUGACAGGAAUUAUCUUAUAGAAACGGAUUCCAAAAAUUUGAGUUCUUCUCAAGCCGCUAUUACGGAUAAAAAAGAGUUAGUUUCAAGGAUCAGAGCUUAUGUUUUUACAAUUUGGCCUCUAAUUUUGGAUCUUCCAUAUCGAUGGCAAACAUAGUCCUCUGACUCGUCAUUUUCCCCUUGGCUACAACAACUACUUAGCGAGGAGGCUGGUCAGUAAAGCUUUGAGAAUUAGUACAAAAACUAGUCUAUUGAUUGGUUGAAGAAUCUCCCCAAAUGGCCAACGAUCAGAAGAAUGCUGAGUCUUUUCCAGUGGAGGAAGAUCAGAAGAAGGAAGAUAUUGCAGCACCAACGACGAAUGAUCAAAAGAAGGAAGAUAUUGCACCUCCAGCUACGAAUGAUCAUGAGAAGGAAGCUGCCGCACCGGAAUCACAUCCAAUUGAAAACAUAGUCUUGCUUGGGCGUACUGGGAACGGAAAAAGUGCCACGGGGAACAGCAUCGCCAGACAAAAGGUGUUCAUCUCGAAACCACACGCAGCAGGUGUAACAAUGGAAUGCCAGACUUUUAGAGCUGUGACACCGGAAGGCCCAAUACUCAAUAUAAUAGACACUCCUGGUCUAUUUGAUAUGUCGGUGGCGGCUGACGUUAUAAGCAGAGAAAUCGUUAGAUGCCUAACUCUAGCGGAAGGAGGGAUACAUGCUGCAGUUUUAGUUUUGUCAGCUAGGACUCGGUUUUCAAAAGAGGAAGAGAUGGUACUUAGUACCUUGCAGGUUCUUUUCGGGAGCAAGAUUGUUGAUUAUCUUAUCAUCAUUUUCUCUGCGGGGGAUGUGCUAGACUACGAUGGUGUGACACUGGAGGAAUAUUUGGAAGAUUGUCCCGAUUACCUAAAGAGAGUUCUCAUAUUGUGCGGCCAACGAAUGACCCUGUUCGAUAACAGAACCAAGGACCCUGCCAAGCAGACGAAACAAGUCCACGAGCUUCUCAACCUGAUCGACCUGGUCAGAAAGCAGAACAGUAAUAAGCCGUAUACCGAUGAGAUGUACCAUAAGAUAAAGGAAGAGAAUGAUAGACACAAGAAAGAACAAGAGGAGCUUGAAGCGAAAGGUCAUUCCGAAGAAGAAAUCGAAGCUCUAAGGAAGGAGUUAGAGCUAACAAGAGAACAGAACUUCAAGGCAAUGACAGAGAUGAUGGAGAAACAAAUCAAAAUGGCUGCGGAAGCACAGGAGAAGCUCUUUGAGCUGAAAGAGAAAUCGCAGCAGCAGCUCUUUGAGCAAAGAGAAAAAUCGCUGGAGCAGAGCAACCGUGAAAAAAGGGAAAUGCAGGAACAUUUAAAUCAGAUGAACGAGCAAAUGCGUAGGAAUAUGGAAGAGCAGAUGAGGAGGGAGGACGCUGGGUGCAACAUUCUGUGACCAACCACUGUGCGCUCUCGAGCACCGAUUAUGGGAGCGCUUUUGUUUCAGUUUCUAUUUCAAUUUCCCUUAUUUCCCCAAGUGGAUUGGGAUACUCGUUGCCUAAUCCUUGUUUGUUUUGCUUCUUGUUUGCACCGUAUGUAUCUGUUUACCUAUGUGUUUUGUAACAAGUCAUUUCUUUUCUUCUUCUUGUGAUUUAAUUAAAAAAAAAAUACUCGAGAAAGAAUUUCCUUUUUUCU